ACCCAGGGCCCCGCUGGUUCAGGCGAGGAUAGGCACCGACCCGAGCUGAACUCCUCGUUACAAAUAGGAGCUGCGGCAUUCCAAGUGGAGCAGAGUGGAGGCGCUCCACGCCGAUGAAUAAUAACAAGACGCGAGCGAGUCUGCUGCAUUUAACCGGAGAGACAGGCAGAGGAAGCGGCUUCUUUCUGAGUGGGACCAAGGGAUGAAUAAAGAAGAGAUUAUUCGGAGAGGACUGAACAUUUAAACCGAGGUGGCAGUGUUGCAGCAUUCUCAGCUGUAGGAGUUCCUGAGAGUUUAAGUGAGCGCCCUUCAGCCUUCUACUGUCCUUCAGCCGAUGCCUGGCAUGAUGUUUGAGGAGGAGACUCAGGGUAUGGGGGGCCAGCAGGAGUUGUCCGUCCUCCAUGCCAUGGACUCCCCCGAUGCGGCGGCCUCUGGUGGAGCUGAAGGACCUCUGUCCUUCACGGAUGAAGCCGUGUCCAUACUGACCUCCAGCAACCUGCUGGCUCGCUCCCUGCUGGGUCGCACCUCGGCCAUCAAGCGUAAGGAGAGCCCCGCUGCCAGCGCCCGGCGGAAGCGCGAGUUCAUCCCUCAGGACAAAAAGGACGACAGCUACUGGGACAAAAGGAGGAAGAACAACGAGGCGGCCAAACGUUCUCGGGAGAAGCGGCGGGUGAACGACAUGGUGCUGGAGAGCCGGGUGCUCGCCCUGCUGGAGGAGAAUGCCCGGCUUAGGGCAGAGCUGCUGGCUCUGAAGUUCCGCUUUGGCUUGAUUAAAGAUCCCUCCAACACACAAAUUCUACCGCUUGCCGGAGCUCCUCAACACAGUGUUCAAAAUCUGACUCCUCAAUAUUAUCCCCAUAGAGGGGAAGUAGGCCCUCAAAGCUCCCUAGCACCACAUCCCAAUAACCACUUAGGCCAGUCAAGCACCAGGAGCUCUAGGGAGGGUGGUAACAUAUCAGAGGACUCCGGGUUUUCUACACCAGGUGGGUCCAGCGUGGGCAGCCCCAUCUUUUUUGAAGACCGCUUUGGUGACCAUGGGAAGUUUUCCCCGCACCGACCGGACGAGUUGGGCUAUGACCUCCAGCACUCGCCCGCUGAUGCCCACCACCCUGCAGCGCUCAGCGCCGGGAAGCAGGACCAGGCAGAAGCCAUGAAAAACCUGCCCCACAAGUUGCGUUUCAAGACUCCCGGGAGCAGCGAGGGCCUUGACGUCGGGUGCGAAAGCAGCAGACGCAGCCCCGCUAUCUCCACCGCAGGACGGGAAGGUCCCCGGGAGGCCAGCAAAGGACUGGGUGGAGGUGAAGCAGGAGCAGGGCACUGUGCCGGCUCCUGGGUUCAGCAGCUGGAUGCGGAGCAAUGUAGGAGGGAGAGACAGACUCCUCCUUAUGGGUCUUCCGCCACUGGCAGUAGCCUCCAGCCUCCUCCCACGCCUGGACACAGCGACGUCCAGCAUCAGCACGAGAACACUUUCCUCAAGUCUCAGCUCAGCUCCCUUUCUGAAGAGGUGGCUCAGCUGAAGAAGCUUUUUACAGAGCAGCUCAUGUCCAAAAUCAACUGAUGACCAAGGCUGGUGGUUGAUGCUAAUUCCUGGACUUUUAAGGACAUUUAGCACAUAAAAACAGCAAUACGGGCUUGUCCUCGCAUUCAGAAGGACCUUCGUGUUUAAGUAGUUGUAUGUUGUUGUCAAAUGUACAGAGUGCUGGUCAUUUGGCCCCUUUGCCAUGUCGUACCGUUGCAGCUUUGGUUGUUUCGUACCUGAGAAAAUCGUGUUGGAAAUGGCGCAAUAUAUGGCAAGAGGUUUUGGUACCGACCAUCUGUCCAUUUUCACCCCCCGGCAAAGAUUUAGUUGUAGCAUUAAUGCAACUAUUUCCACCAUUUACAGCAAAAAAGAAAUAAACAAAUAACUGAUCCUCCUUGGUUUAAUUAGCUGGGUACCAAAUGUUAUUUUUUUUUUAUUAUUGGUAGUAGCGUAGGAUCUAAUGGCAUGAGAUGUGGGUACGAAUUGGUGAGGGCGGUCAGCUGACCCAUAUAUUGCGUCUUUAAACACUCAUAUAAUCUG